GAGCAAGGAGCUUGGGGGCAAGGAAGGGUUUGCAGCUGAAUUGGGGAGGAGAACAGGAAGGACUUCGGGGUUGCAGCAGGAGAGGAAAGCCUCGCAGCGGCUGCAGCCGGAUCCCGGGGAGCUUCACUCUCGAGCAAGUGAAUAAAAGUGUCUUUCCGUAGUCAGAAGCAACCCAAGAGAAAGAGGAAGGAGAUGAAAGAAGAAGACCCAGAAAGUCCUGGAACUGGGAAGAGAUUGAGGACAGGGCCCCAUCCCAUCCAAGCAGGGAGUGGUGUUGAAUUCUGGGAAAAAGCUGCACCAGAGAUCUUGGCUCAGGACACUGUGGCCGCAGAUGAACUCAGCCGAUGCUUCCGGCAGUUCUGUUACCAUGAGGCCAAUGGGCCCCGAGAGGUUUGCAAGCAGCUUCAUAAACUUUGCAACUACUGGCUGAAGCCGAAGAGGCACACCAAGAAGCAGAUCCUGGACCUGGUGAUCCUGGAGCAGUUCCUGACUGUCCUACCUCAGGAAAUGCAGUGCUGGGUCAGAGGAUGUGGGCCAGAGACCACUUCCCAGGCGAUGGCCCUGGCUGAAGGUUUCCUCCUGAGUCAGACAGAGGAGAAGAGGCAGGCAGAGCAGAUUUGGGGACGAUCCACGAAGAUGGAAGCCAAGUUCUCUGAGGAAGGAGCUCCUCCAUCAGAGAAAGGUCAGAGGGCGCAGGCCCAGGAACAUGCCCAAGAUGCUCUCUCAAGUGGCAGUGAAGAGACGAUGUCGAGCCGAAAUCUUUGGAGAGGAGUGGAAACGGCUGCUCCACCUCUGGUCCAGUAUCGCUUUUCCUUUGAGGAGGUGGCCGUGUAUUUCACCCUGGCUGAGUGGGCCCUGCUGGAUCCAGGCCAAAAAGCUCUCUACAGGGAAGUCAUGAAGGAGAACUAUGGGAACAUGGCCUUUCUGGCAGGUGCAGAGGAGACAGCUGGGGAAUUCCAGGGGUUCCCUUUGGGAAAAGCCAUUAAUGAAGAUGCUGAAGGAAACUUCAGAGAUGGAGAUGGACCACAGAGGCAGGAGGGAAGCCACACAGCAGGUGUGGAGGAGACAGCUGAGGAAUUCCAGGGUUUCCCUUUGGACAAAGCCAACAAAGAUGAUGCCAAAGAAAACUUGGGAGAUGGAGACGGACCACAGCGGCAGGAUGGAAGCCACACAGCAGGAAGAAGCCACUGGGAUAUUUGGAGCCACUGGGAGAAGCCUUUUGAAUGCUCAGAGUGUGGGAAGAGAUUCAGUCGGAAAGGCAAUCUUCAGGAACAUCUAAGAACCCACACAGGGGAGAAGCCUUUUGAAUGCUCAGAGUGUGGGAAGAGAUUCACUCAGAAUGGUGAUCUUCAAAAACAUCUACAAACUCACACAGGGGAGAAGCCUUUUGAAUGCUCAGAGUGUGGGAAGAGAUUCAGUCGUAGUGGCGAUCUUCAAAAGCAUUUAAGAACCCACACAGGAGAGAAGCCUUUUGAAUGCUCAGAGUGUGGGAAGGGAUUCAGUCGGAAAGGCAAUCUUCAAGAACAUCUAAGAACCCACACAGGGGAGAAGCCUUUUGAAUGCUCAGAGUGUUGGAGGAGAUUCAGCCGAAGUAGCAAUCUUCAGGAACAUCUAAGAACCCACACAGGGGAGAAGCCUUUUGAAUGCUCAGAGUGUGGAAAGAGAUUCACUCAGAGUGGCGAUCUUCAAAAGCAUGUAAGAACCCACAGAGGGGAGAAGCCAUUUGAAUGCACAGAGUGUGGGAAGAGAUUCAGUCUGACUGGCAAUCUUCAAAAACAUCUAAGAACCCACACAGGAGAGAAGCCUUUUGAAUGCUCAGAUUGUGGCAAGAGAUUCAGUCUGACUGGCAAUCUUGAAAAACAUCUAAGAACUCACACAGGGGUGAAGCCUUUUGAAUGCUCAGAGUGUGGGAAAGGAUUUAGUUGGAGGGGCGAUCUUCAAAAGCAUCUAAGAACCCACAGAAGGGAGAAGCCAUUUGAAUGCUCAGAGUGUCGGAGGAGAUUCAGUCAGCGUGGCACUCUUCAGAAGCACCAAAGAAUGCACACAAAGGAGAAGCCUUCUGAAUGCUGAGAGCGUAGAAAGAGAUUCCAUCAUUGUGGCCAUCUCCAAAGUCAUCGAAGAACCCACACAAGGAGAAAUCAUUAAACUGCUUCACCCAGAGGUGUCGAACUUAUUUGUUAUGAGGCCAGAUCUGACCUAAAAGUCACCUUGUCGAGCUGGGCCAUGUAUGCCAUAAAAUGUUACGCCAAGUCCCUGACAUAUAAAUACAGGCAGACCUAAUUAAUCAUUUUUUAAACUAAAAUUACAAACAUGCUUA